AUGUCAGCACCAACACCAACAGCAGACCUCUUGUCACCAAGACUUCACAGGAGGAAAGACGUGUCUAUGGUGACACAAGAUAUCAGGGCCAAGGCAGAGGUUUAUUAUGGAGAUGAAACAUGUAGAAAGAAGGUCAUGUCCUUGUUAACAGAAAAAGGCUUGCCGAGUGGUCUGCUGAUAGUAUUAGAAGAGAUAGAGGAACACGGGUACAGUAAGGACACAGGGUUUGUUUGGCUCAAGCACAGGAGCAAGAGGAAAGAAUACCAGUUUGACAAAAUAGCUGUGUGCUAUGACAAUGAAGUCACGGCAUAUUUUGAGCCCAACAGGAUCAAGAAUUUGACUGGUGUUAAGGCCAAGGACUUCUUGAUUUGGAUUACUUUGAGCGAAAUUCAUGUAAAUGGUAACAAUCCAGAUGCGUUGAUUACAUUCAAGACUCCGGCAGGUUUCUCCAAAUCUUUCCAAUUAUCAUUGUUCACUUUUAAAGCUGAGGAGGAGGCGAAUGAAGGUAGUUCUGGAAACGUAAAAACUUUGUUUUGCUCAUUGGAGCCCCAUGGGGAAGAAGGCAGCAACAUACAAAGAAAAAUACUAAGGACUGCGUUGCAUUCUUCUCCUAAUUCUACGUACGAACCUCACGUAAUUUGCUAUAACGGCUCACGGAUAGCUGAGGCUGGUAAGUGCUCAGCCGAGAGUGUUACUGUAGGAUAA